ACGGCCGGGCUGACGGCGCUGAGCCCCCUGCGCGCGGCACAUGGGGCGCUUGACCGAGGCGGCGGCAGCGGGCAGCAGCGCUUCAGCGGCUUGCUCCGCCGGGUCCCCUCCCACUCCCCUGCCCCUUUUUUCCACGUCCCCCGGGAGCGCGGCCACCAUGGCGUCCAGCGAGGAGGACGGCACCAACGGCGGUGCCUCCGAGGCCGGUGAGGAGAAGGAAGCCACGGGCAGGAGAAGGCGCCUCAGCUUCCUGGCCACCGCCUGGCUCACCUUCUACAACAUCGCCAUGACCGCAGGGUGGUUGGUUCUGGCUAUUGCCAUGGUACGUUUUUAUAUGGAAAAAGGAACACACAGAGGUUUAUAUAAAAGUAUUCAGAAGACACUUAAAUUUUUCCAGACAUUUGCCUUGCUUGAGAUAGUCCACUGUUUAAUUGGAAUUGUGCCUACUUCUGUGCUUGUGACUGGGGUCCAAGUGAGUUCAAGAAUCUUUAUGGUGUGGCUUAUUACUCACAGUAUAAAACCGAUCCAGAAUGAGGAGAGUGUGGUGCUUUUUCUGGUGUCGUGGACGGUGACUGAGAUCACUCGCUAUUCCUUCUACACAUUCAGUCUUCUCGACCACUUGCCAUACUUCAUUAAAUGGGCCAGGUAUAAUUUUUUUAUCAUCUUAUACCCUGUUGGAGUUGCUGGUGAACUUCUUACAAUAUAUGCUGCCCUGCCGUAUGUGAAGAAAACAGGAAUGUUUUCAAUAAGACUUCCUAACAAAUACAAUGUCUCUUUUGACUACUAUUAUUUUCUUCUCAUAACCAUGGCCUCAUAUAUACCAUUGUUUCCACAACUCUAUUUUCAUAUGUUACGUCAAAGAAGAAAGGUGCUUCAUGGAGAGGUGAUUGUAGAAAAGGAUGAUUAAAUGAUCCCUACAAACAAGGUGCUUUUUCCAGAAUAACCAGGAUUACUUGAGUCCAAGUUUUAAUAACAAGAAUAAAGAACUUCAUGAAAUAUCAUGGAAUGUAUUAUUGUUUCUUAAAAUAUAUCUGAGACUAAUGGUGUUUGCCAAUAUUUGUCUUCAUAUUGUGCCAAGUCCAUUUUUUAGAAGAACUGUAUAGUUAUUAUGAGUUCCUGGGUAGAUGUUGAUCAUUUAGAAAAUAACUGGGUGUAUUACCUGGGGGCAGGGAUCUUUUUAUUUUACUAAUUUUUUUUUGCAACUUAUGCUCAAUGCUUUUAAAAUCAAUCUCUACAAAUUAGUUUAAUGAUAUAACGUUAAGACACCUACAGUGACAUUUGUGCAGUAUUUAUAAAUGAAGGUAGAUACAAAAUUAUAAUAACUAUUAAGAAUAUAUUGGAACCCAUAAUCUAUUUUUUCAAGUUAUGAGUAAGGAUUUGUGAUUAAUAACAACAUUUUCAAGUGGGAACAUCAUUUACUAUGGUAAGAAUUUUGAUGUAACAGUGUGAAAAUCAAAAAUAUUCAAGUAGAUAUCACAGUUUGAUAAUUUCUUUUUCUGCAAUGUUGGGGAUAGAACCGGGGGCCUCAUACAUGCUGAGCAAGUGCUCUACCACUGAGCUACAUCCCCAGCCCUAGGAAAUGUCUUUGAAAAUAUUUCUAGGCCAUUGAGAUUGCUUGUUAAGCAUUUUUAAAAAUUAUUUGAAUGAACCUCUAAAAGACUUUUUCAACUAGAAGGAUUUUAAGAGGUUAGGAAAAAGUAAGUAUAUACUUUGUCCCCCUGGUAGGAAAACAUGUCUGAUCAUGAUGUACCCAGAUCUCUGAUUGAGAAAGGCUGCUUUAUCCCAUGGAAUUAUCUUAUAAAAAUCAUGUUCUGAAGAUCCCUGGUGGUACUUACUUGAUUCAGUUACCAAUUAUGAUCUGAAACAGACUCACUUUAUUCUGAAUUCCACUGAAUAGCAUAAAGUAUUGUAAUAAAGCUCUUGUCUUCAUGUUUAAUGAAAAGAUACAUUGAGAUACUUUACUACUGUUUCACUUCUUAAGUAGGUCCUUUGAAAGUUUUCCCUCAUAUUAUAGUAUGCAGAUUUACUGACCCAAGUUUAGAGGAAAUAAAUGUGUCUCUAAAAGAAAAGGAAUUUUUUUACAUACUGUGGAUAUCUAGAUGUAGUUUUAGCUUUAAUAUUCUAUAUUGUUUACAUUUACAAUCCACACGUAACAUUAGACUUCUCAAAAUAGCUUGAUUGUGUGUUACUGUCUCCUAAACAAUUUUUUUUUUUCAUGUAGAAUUUGGAGUUCAGAAUAGUUUUUGCAAACUUAUUUUAAAUAACUUGAUUUUUCAAAGGUGCUAUUUCUUUUGUUACAUUACAUUAUAAUGUUUCCUCUGCAGCUGAAUGGGAUGAGCAGUACAUAUUAGUUUACUAAGUCUCAACAUGCUACUGUUCAUUCUGGUCUUAUACUGCUUGAUGAGUUUUCAUCUUCAAUUUUUAUAUGGAAGAAUUUUUCAUUUUCCCCCUUUUAGUAACUUAAGAGAUUCAUGUGUUCAUUUUAUGAAAUGCUUGUCUUGUGAAAAAUAUUUUAAGUCGGACUCCUAAAAUUUAUACUGAUUCACCUGUACUCCCCAAACAAUUAUAAUACAUUUCCCCCUUAAGUUGUGGAAUAUCUUGAAGUAGGAAUUGUGAUUAACUAAUAAAAGUGAAAAUUCAUGAAACCA